UACUGGGCCGGCGGCGGGCGGGGCCCGGGCUCCCAUCAUGGCGGCCGCUGCGGCUUCCAGAGUCUGGCUCUGGGCUGCCCUGCUGAUCCCCGCGGCUGCGGUCUACGAAGACCAAGUGGGCAAGUUUGAUUGGAGACAGCAGUAUGUUGGGAAGCUCAAAUUUGCCUCCUUGGAAUUUUCCCCCGGUUCCAAGAAGUUGGUUGUGGCCACAGAGAAGAACGUGAUUGCAGCAUUAAAUUCCCGGACUGGGGAUAUCUUGUGGCGCCAUGUCGACAAGGGCACAGCGGAAGGGGCGGUGGACGCCAUGCUGCUGUACGGACAGGAUGCAGUCACCGUAUCCAAUGGAGGCCGGAUCAUGCGUUCCUGGGAGACUAACAUCGGGGGCCUGAACUGGGAGGUCAUCUUGGACAGUGGCAGUUUCCAGGCACUUGGACUGGUAGGCCUGCAGGAGUCAGUGAGGUACAUUGCCGUCCUGAAGAAGACCACUCUUGCCCUCCACCACCUCUCCAGUGGGCACCUGAAGUGGGCGGAACAUCUCCCAGAGAGUGACAGCAUCCAUUACCAGAUGGUGUAUUCCUACGGCUCUGGGGUGGUGUGGGCCCUCGGCGUUGUUCCCUUCAGCCAUGUGAACAUUGUCAAGUUUAACGUGGAAGAUGGAGAGAUUGUGCAACAGGUCAGGGUUUCAACUCCCUGGCUGCAAAGUCUCACCGGAGCCUGUGGUGUGGUGGAUGAGGCUGUCCUGGUGUGCCCGGACCCGAGCUCACGGUCCCUCCAGACCUUGGCCCUGGAGACGGAGUGGGAGUUGAGGCAGAUCCCACUGCAGUCUCUCGACUUAGAAUUUGCAAGUGGAUUCCAACCCCGGGUACUUCCCACACAGCCCAACCCAGUGGAUCCUUCUCGGGCCCAGUUCUUCCUGCAGUUGUCCCCAAGCCACUAUGCUCUGCUGCACCACCACCACGAGGGCCUGAGUCUGCUCAGAAACUUCCCACAGACUGCCCUCGUGAGCUUUGCCACCACUGGGGAGAAGACGGUGGCUGCGGUCAUGACCUGUCGGAAUGAAGCGCAGAAACCCAGCAGUUCCGAAGACGCAUCAAUGGGGAGCUUUUCGGAGAAGUCUGGUCCACAGGACUUGCUGGCUUGCUUCAACCAGACCUACACCAUUAACCUCUACUUAGUGGAGACAGGCCGGCGGCUGCUGGACACCACGAUCACCUUUAGCUUGGAGCAGAACAGCACUCGGCCAGAGCGGCUGUACAUCCAGGUGUUCUUGAAGAAGGAUGACUCCGUGGGCUACCGGGCCUUGGUGCAGACAGAGGAUCACCUGCUACUUUUCCUGCAGCAGCUGGCAGGGAAGGCGGUGUUGUGGAGCCGGGAGGAGUCUCUGGCAGAGGUGGUGUGCCUAGAGAUGGUGGACCUUCCCCUGACUGGGGCGCAGGCUGAGCUGGAAGGAGAAUUUGGCAAGAAGGCAGACGGCUUGCUGGGGAUGUUCCUGAAACGCCUCUCGUCCCAGCUCAUCCUGCUGCAGGCGUGGACCUCCCACCUCUGGAAAAUGUUUUACGAUGCUCGGAAGCCCCGAAGUCAGAUUAAGAACGAGAUCAACAUAGACACGCUGGCCAGAGAUGAAUUCAACCUCCAGAAGAUGAUGGUGAUGGUGACAGCCUCAGGCAAGCUUUUCGGCAUUGAGAGCAGCUCUGGCACCAUCUUGUGGAAACAGUAUCUCCCCGACGUGAAGCCAGACUCCUCCUUUAAACUCAUGGUGCAGAGAACCACUGCUCACUUCCCCCACCCUCCACAGUGCACCCUCCUGGUAAAGGACAAGGAGACAGGAAUGAGUUCUCUCUAUGUCUUCAACCCCAUUUUUGGGAAGUGGAGUCAGGUGGCUCCACCAGUGCUGAAGCGCCCCAUCUUGCAGUCUUUGCUGCUCCCCAUCAUGGAUCAAGACUAUGCCAAGGUGCUGCUGCUGAUAGAUGAUGAGUAUAAGGUCACAGCUUUCCCAGCCACUCGGAAUGUCUUGCGACAGCUCCAUGAGCUGGCUCCUUCCAUCUUCUUCUACUUGGUGGGUGCCGAACAGGGACGGCUGUGUGGAUAUCGACUUCGGAAGGAUCUCUCCACUGAACUGAGUUGGGAGCUGACCAUUCCCCCAGAAGUGCAGCGUAUUGUCAAGGUGAAGGGGAAGCGCAGCAGCGAGCACGUCCAUUCCCAGGGCCGAGUGAUGGGGGACCGCAGCGUACUCUACAAGAGCCUGAACCCCAACCUGCUGGCCGUGGUGACCGAGAGCACAGACGUACACCACGAGCGCACCUUCAUCGGCAUCUUCCUCGUGGACGGUGUCACUGGGCGCAUCAUCCACUCCUCCGUGCAGAGGAAGGCCAAGGGCCCCGUCCACAUCGUGCACUCAGAGAACUGGGUGGUGUACCAGUACUGGAAUACCAAGGCCCGGCGCAACGAGUUCACCGUGCUGGAGCUCUACGAGGGCACCGAGCAGUACAACGCCACCGCCUUCAGCUCCCUGGACCGGCCCCAGCUGCCACAGGUCCUCCAGCAGUCCUACAUCUUCCCCUCCUCGAUCAGUGCCAUGGAAGCCACCAUCACCGAGCGGGGCAUCACCAGCCGACACCUGCUUAUCGGACUACCUUCCGGAGCGAUUCUUUCCCUCCCUAAGGCCUUGCUGGAUCCCCGCCGUCCUGAGAUCCCAACAGAACAAAGCAGAGAGGAGAACCUAAUCCCGUAUUCUCCAGAUGUACAGAUACACGCAGAACGAUUCAUCAACUAUAACCAGACAGUUUCUCGAAUGCGAGGUAUCUACACUGCUCCUUCAGGCCUGGAGUCCACUUGUUUGGUUGUGGCCUACGGUCUGGACAUUUACCAGACUCGAGUCUACCCGUCCAAACAGUUUGAUGUCCUGAAGGAUGACUAUGACUACGUGUUAAUCAGCAGUGUCCUCUUUGGCCUGGUUUUUGCCACCAUGAUCACUAAGAGACUGGCACAGGUGAAACUCCUGAAUCGCGCCUGGCGGUAAAGACGCAGACCCACAGCCAGGGAGCGGAGCCGAGGGGAGCGUCAGCCAGCUCCAGCUGCAGUUAGGGCGGUGGGGGAUAUGUGUCGGGCACUCACCUUCGUUAAGAGUUGUCAGGGAGAAGGUGGACUCCAUGGAGACUCCUUUUGGGACAUGUCUGGUGCAGUCAUCGAUGGAUGGAAGAUGAACUCACUCUCUCAGCUGAGAAUCUCAAAGCAUCUUGAUGGACUUUCCCCUGAAGUCCAAAGGCCAUUGCCCAGUUUCCUCUCUACCCGUCUAUGAAUUUUUUUUUUUAAUGAGACCUUCCAACAGAGUUUUCUCUUUUGUGAAGCCCAUUUAAGUUGAUUUUGUUUUGCAUUCUGUUUCCCAGGUUAAUCAGAAAUCCUUCUGUUUCCUGCUUCUUGCUUGAGUCAGAGGGAACUCUCACUGACAACUCCACCUUAUGGGUGCAUUUGCUGUUUUACGUUGGGGAGGAGGAUACGUCCUUAGCUAAAGGUGGAGCACUGACCUAGCCUCUUGUGGCUUCUCUGCAAAGUAACUCCUGGUGGAGGACUCUAUAUUGGUGUCGAACUUAUUUUAAUUAAGCCUCUUGUUUCAUUCAGGUUGGGCCACCCAGUCUUUGAUUCAAUUUCUCAAAAGCCACGUGUGUAAAUAACAUCUUGGUUUGUGGAUCAUCGCCCAGCUCUUUCACCUAAGGUGUGUCCCAGCUGCGGCCCUUUUAAUACUACUGAACUGUCUGAACCUUGAAGAAAUUUCAGGGGAGGGAGGAGAGAGAACCUGCCUGUCCCACAGUACCUCAUGACCUCUCAUGUCACCAUAGCCUGGUCUAGCCAUCUGAUAACCUGGUCAGAGAAAGUCAUCCUGUUUAAGAACCUCAUUAUUUAUUUUUAGUUUUAGGUAUAAAUUGACAUGUGUGAGUCACAAAAUUGCUCUUAAAAGAGUAGAUUUUAAAUCUUACGGAUCUUUAAGAAAUAGCGAAAAAGGGUAGAGGCAGGAAAUUGGUAUUUUCUGGACGGGGCAUUGCUGAUUGGCUGGGGUGUUGUCUCUGUUGCAAAUGAAAGAUGUCCUAAAAUUUUUACCUUGUUCACGGAGUUGGGGAAUGAUGGGUUUUUUUCUUUACUGUGAAGAAUGAAAUAUAUAGAGUAGACCUCUAGCCCGGGGGGUGGGGGGAGCGCACUCAAGCGUCUGAAUAAAACGAGGGGCAAAUGGCACUGUUUAAGUCCUUUUUUGUGGUUUAGGAACACUUUGAGGCUACUUUUGUAUUAGAGGGGACAAAAAGCAGUGCAGAAAGGGUUUUUAGAAAACAACACUUUUUAUCUUUCUGUGGUCAUUUGCUGAUGAUAGAUUAUGGCAGAGAAGGAAGAAAAAUGAUUUUACUUUGGUAAUAAAAUUGUGAAAUUGAUUUGAAUGAAUGAAUAAACAUCUAAGUAUCUCCAGAAAAAAACAGGCGUCUGUUCAUCCUGACUCAAGGCAUGCUGUGCUCAGUGUGAGCUGGGAGAAGGGAAUGCGUGUAAAAGAUUCUGCCCG